AUGGCCUACGAGAUGAACCUCCCCAUUGUCGAUCUCGACAUCUACCUCUCCAACGACGCCUCCUCCCCGCCCGUGCAGCAGGAGUGCGCCAGAGCCGCCGACGCCCUCAUCACCUACGGCGCCCUCAUCCUGCACGAUUCGCGCGUCCUCGAGUCCGACAACGCCGCCUUCCUCGACCUGCUCGAGGACUACUUCGCCCAGCCGGAGGACCGGCUGCGCGAGGACGAGCGCCCCCAGCUGAGCUACCAGAUCGGCGUCACGCUCGAAAACACCGAGAAGCCGAAGUGCGCCGUCGACGAGCCCUGCCUCGACGUCAUCAGGCGCCUGCACCCCAGCCAGCGACCGCUCGAUAUCGCGGGCCACCAGCCCGACCCCAAGGCCAGGUUUUUCUGGCGCAUGGCCGACCCGCCGCCGUACAAGACGCAGUUUCCGGGGCUGAAUGCCGCGAACGUGGUUCCCCGCGCCGACGGAAUCCGGCACCGGUGGCAACCUACGCUGGACAAGUGGGGGACCAGCAUGAAGAAUGCCGUAUCCAAGUUAUCCGAGAUGACGGCCGUCGGUCUCGGCCUCCCAGCGGCCUAUUUCAGCGACGCCGCCAAGUACGGACCGCAUCUCCUCGCCCCAACCGCAAGCGACCUGGCCAAAUACUCGGCAAAAGACACCAUCCUCGCGGGCUUCCACACAGACCUCAACUUCCUCACUAUCCACGGCCGCUCCCGCUACCCCGGCCUCAACAUCUGGGCCCGCAACACCGGCGACCGCAUCGCCGUCAAAAUCCCCAAAGGGAACUACCUCCUCGUCCAAGCAGGCAAGCAACUCGAGUACGCCACCGGCGGGCUCAUCAAAGCAGGGUUCCAUGAGGUGGUCGUCAAUGACAAGACCAUCGAGACCAUGGAGCGUCGCAAGGAGGAGUUUCCCGAUAGACCGCUUAUCCGCAUCUCAAGCACCCUGUUCUGGCAUCUGAAUUCCGAUUUCGACCUCGCUCCUGUGCCCGAGUUGGCGCAAAGGGCGAGGCAAGUUCGCGAGGAGCAAAGGAAGAUCGGGAGGGAUGAAGGGGAAGAGGUUGAGUAUCCGGUCAUCAAGGUUGGGCAUCAGGUUGAGGGUGAACUCAAGCAUAUUGCUCUGAUGGCUUGA